GACUGCUCUCUCUCCCUCUCUCUCUCUCUCUCUCUCACGCAGGGAUGGGGGCGGAGGCGAACGCGGCAGAGCAGACUCCAGUGGAAACGACACCGGAGAACGUCGAGGCCUUGCUUGAGGCUGCCAGAUAUGACGAUAUUGAUGAUGUCACGAACUUAGCUUCUGCUGGCAUUUCUCUUGAUUCCAAGGAUUCACAGGGCCGAACAGCACUUCAUAUGGCUUCGGCAAAUGGGCAUCUUGACAUUGUGGACUAUCUUAUCAGAAAUGGAGUGGACGUUAAUGCAUCUAAUGUGGAGAAGAACACUCCUCUUCAUUGGGCUUGCCUCAAUGGGCACAUUGAAGUGGUUAAGAAUUUGAUUUUAGCGGGAGCAAGUGUAUCGGUUCUAAACAGCCACGAGCGGACUCCCAUGGACGAAGCAGUGAGUAGGGGAAAAAUGGACGUUAUUGAUGCAAUUAACACAGCAGUUACACAAGUUGAGCUUAGCAGUGCAAGCGUCUCCUAAUAUGGGAACUUCAAGAAAAAGAAAACCUGUUAAAAGUGUCUUAAAAGUGUUGAGCAGUUUUUCUCUUACAUAUUGCAAGCUUGUAGUUGAUCAGGUAAGUGAUGUUAGUCCAGUAGAUGUUGCCUAUACAAUUUAGAUUCACAGAACUCUUUGCUAUUUUACUAAAUAUAUAUAUAUAUAUAUAUAUUUACGCCGUUUUUCUUGAUGAA